AUGUCCACACACCAGCCAACGCCAACAAUCCUCCUCCCCGAGCUCCCCGCAAAAACCCUAGUCGGCAUCGACCUAAUAACCUUCACCUCAACCGCCAACUUCCACGGAAUCCGCGACCUCUCCCCAGGCUGGCACUUCCUUUACACCGGCACAACAGAAUCCCUCUCCCUCCGCAGCGGCGCAUGGUUCUACAUCGGCGACAUCAGCAACGCAGGCAAAGGCAACAACGACACAGCGCUCGUAACGCAAAGCACCAAGUCUCCCAGCACGAACGACCCAAGACCAGAGAUCUACAUUUGGAAAUGGAGCGCGGAGACAGAGACAUUAGUCGCGCUAGGCGAUAACGACUCUGAUCGCCAGGAGAGCAUGCGCCACAAGGCGAAUUUAGGUCCUGUCUGGCAGAGUGGAGGAUUAUUUAAGUAUCGCAGUCGGAUUGCGCCUUCUAUGCUUGUCAAAUCCAAACCCGAGCAAAAGGACGAGGAUGAGGAGACUGUCCCUCGGCCUGAAAUCGAGGCUCGCAUCCAAACGGAGGACGACGCACAGACCGAGGAGAGCGGGCGGAGGGAUUGGUCUGGAUUGACGGAUCGGAUCUCGCCGAGUCUCUUGUCACGCGUUAUCGGCGACCCGGAGGUUGAUGUCGAUGGUCAUCCGCGAUGGGUUCUUACGUCUGCUUCUACGGCUACUCGUGAUGCAGAUCAUAUACCCGGCAUUGACUCGCCGGGAGGAAAUGAGCCCGGUGCGGACGUGGAAUCGGAACGCGAGUUUGGGUUCAUCCCUGUGGAUUUGAAGCGGACGUGGCGGGAAGGCGCUGUUGGGCGUGAACGCACGGAAGCUGCGAAGGACCGGUCUUGGGCUUUGGGGUACUUGCUUGAUCGGUAUGCUGGGGAGGCUUCUGGGGGGAAUGAAUUGCUUGGAGAGCUGCAGUUUACUUUUCUCAUGGUGUUGACUAUGAUGAAUUACUCGUGUCUGCAGCAGUGGAAGCGGCUUCUUGAGCUUGCUUUUACGUCUAGGAGGGCGAUUUUGGAGAGAGAGGCGUUCAUGAGUGAGGUGCUUCGGAUACUGGCGUUGCAGCUGCAGCGAUGUGAUGAUGUUGAGGGUGGACUUUUUGAGAUUGAUGGUGAUGAGGGCGGAGCUUUCUUGCGCCAUUUACUCGUCAAACUGCGCCAGGCUGUUGAUGAGCUGGUUGGGGAUGCUGAAUCUAAGGUUAGAUUGGAACUUGAUAAGCUUGAAGAGUGGGUGAAGGAAGAAUACGAUUGGGAGCUGCGUCCGGGUACUUUGCUUCGCCGGGGUAUGCUGCAAUUGGAGGACGGUGAGCAGGUUGAAAUGGACUGGCAUGGGGGUGAUGAAGAGGAGGAGACUGGAGAGUAUGCUCCGAUGGUUGUUGAGAUGUAA